AUGAUUAAACAACAGCAACCACAACAACUUAAGGCACAAAGCACCCAGGUCCCUCAGACCAUUACAUACGCCAUAUAUGCAUAUAAUUCAAAGACGGCAGAACAAACGCAAAGGUUGAAAUAUGGAGAUUUGGAGAUAGUAUUGAAAAAUGACCAUUUCGAAUUCGUUUGCAAAGGUGGUACAGUGAUAUCAAAUAUAAAAGAAAUUUUAUUUAUGAAUUCAAAAAUUAAAGGAAUAACGGAUGAUAUAACAUCAAUUCCACCAGAAGAACAAAGAUAUUACGCAUUAAAUGCAUUUCCUAAAGUUUUGAAGAUUGGAAGAUUUAAUUUAAAUGAGGAAUUCAUAAAAGGUUUCCUAAAUGACAUAAUGAAGAAAGCAGAUAAGGAAUAUGUGGCUAGUGAGUUAAUGAAGAAAGCAGAUAAGGAAUAUGUGGCUAGUGAGUUAAUGAAGAAGGCAGAUAAGGAAUAUGUCAACAGUGAGUUAGAGAAGAAAGCAGAUAAGGGACUUAUGGCUAGUGUGUUAGCGAAGAAGGCAGAUAAGGAAUAUGUUAAUGAAAAAGAUAAUGAAAUUAAAGAAAGGGUUGAAUGGUAUCAUGAAUGGACAUCAAAGAUUUUAAAAACUAAAGCUGAUACAGGAUGGGUUUCAGGAUGUUUAGACCUUAAAGCUGAUACAGGAUGGGUUUCAGGAUGUUUAGACCUUAAAGCUGAUAAGGAAUAUGUCAACAGUGUGUUAGCGAAGAAGGCAGAUAAGGAAUAUGUGAAUGAAAUAUACCAAAGUUUGAUAGGAACAACUGAAAAUAUUGAAACUAUUGUUGGUGACUUUUCUGUCUAUGAAGAAAAUAAAUAUUAUAGAUGGCAGUUUGUACACUCCUUAAAAAAUGGUAUACGGUAUAAACUCAUUCCGAAAAAUAACAAUGAAAUGUAUGUAAGCUAUAUAAAGAAUGAUGGUACACAAGUUAAAGUUCCAUUAGACAACAACUGUUACUUGAACUUAUAUGGAGACGAACAAAAGAAAUAUUUAAGAGUUUAUGAAAUGACAGAUAUGACAUUGUCUAACCUAG